CUUCAAAGUAUUCCGGAUUACAUCUACAUCUGGUUCACGGUGGUGCAGACAGAUUUGUAUUUGCAUUGAGGAUUGCUUAGAGUACUUAUAUAGAGGCAGAUUUCUUCGGUCUUUUCUUUUUGUCUUCACCUUCGUUCUCUUCAUCUUUAGAGGCCUUGGAUCCCGCUGUUUUCUUGCAACUACCCCGCUAUUGACAGAGAUCAAAAUGGACUCAAAGCAGUUCAAAGAAGCUGCAGCGUCAGCAAUUGACGAGAUCGUUAACUAUUACGAUACAAUUGAGGACAGAAGGGUGGUGUCGAAUGUCGAACCUGGGUACCUGAAGAAACUCCUCCCAGAUGGACCACCACAAGAUGGAGAGUCCUGGGCAGAUAUUCAGAAGGAUAUUGAGACCAAGAUAAUGCCGGGACUUACGCAUUGGCAAUCCCCCAAUUUCAUGGCCUUCUUUCCAGCUUCCUCUUCCUUCCCUGGUAUUCUCGGCGAGCUCUACUCAGCAGCAUUCACCGCCCCAGCAUUCAACUGGAUCUGCUCUCCGGCAGUUACAGAGCUCGAAACCGUCACCCUCGACUGGCUCGCCAAACUCUUCAAUCUCCCGGACUGCUACUUGUCUACGAGUGAGGGCGGAGGAGUGAUACAAGGCUCGGCAUCCGAGGCGAUUGUCACUGUCAUGGUGGCGGCAAGAGACAAAUACUUGCGCGAGACGACAGCUCAUCUCGCUGGUCUCGAGCUUGAAGAUGCGAUUGCAUAUAAAAGAGGCAGGAUUAUCGCGCUUGGAAGCGAAGCAGCGCACAGCGCUACCCAAAAAGCUGCUCAGAUCGCAGGUGUCAGAUAUCGUUCUGUUCCAGUAUUCAAGGAUAAUGGAUUCGCUAUGACGGGCUCAGCGUUGGAAGAUAUAUUGAAAGAGUGCCAGGAACAGAAACUUGAACCCUUCUUCCUGACGGCGACGCUUGGAACGACGGCGACUUGUGCCGUCGACGAUUUCGACGGUAUCGCUGCGACGAUCGCCAAGUACGCGCCUCCGAAUGCUCCCGGCGAGAUCUGGGUUCAUAUCGAUGCAGCGUAUGCUGGAGCAGCUCUUGUCUGUCCCGAGUAUCAACAUCACACAGCGCAGUUCAAGCAUUUCCACUCCUUCGAUACGAACAUGCAUAAGUGGCUGCUUACUAACUUCGACGCGUCGUGCUUGUACGUCAAGAAGCGCAAGGAUCUGAUCGAUGCGCUGUCUAUCAUGCCUAGUUUCCUCCGCAACGAGUUCUCGGAAAGCGGGCUUGUGACGGAUUACAGAGAUUGGCAGAUCCCUCUUGGCAGACGAUUCAGGAGUCUGAAGAUCUGGUUCGUGUUGAGGACUUAUGGCGUUAAUGGUCUGCAAGCGCAUAUUCGGAAACAUGUCAAGCUGGGCGAGGUAUUUGCUGGGUUGUUAGAAACGAGGAAAGAUCUCUUUGAGAUUGUGACGGGUCCGAACUUUGCGCUGACGGUGUUUGCGAUUACGCCGAAGGGGGAGGGGAAGAGCCAGGAGGAAAAGAAUGCGGUUACGAGGGAGGUAUAUGAGUUGAUCAAUAGUCGGGGCGAGAUUUUUAUCACGAGUAGUGUUGUUGGUGGCGAGUAUGUGAUUCGGGUUGUGAGUGCGAAUCCAUUGGCGGAGGAGAAGUUCCUGCGGAGGGCGUUUAAGAUUUUGGUGGAUACUGCGGAGGAGGUCAGAGAUGGGAAGGGAGGUUUGAAAGAGAAUGGUGUGGGUAAAGUGGUGGACGUGAAUGUGAAUGGGAUUGGGGAGGUGGUUGAGUUGCAUGAAAAUGGGGUGGCGAAGUAAAGAGAGAUAUUGACGUUGUUUUGCAGAGGCUAAAUUUAAGCCGGGUUGGUUAUUAGAAGCUAGAUAGAACUCCAGAAUCUUGUUUAUUUCUUCUCCGA